AUGCCUAGACCGACCCCUCCAAGCACAAACCAGCACCUACAAGCUGAGGAAGGGAAUUACAAGCAGAGGGAGACACCAACAAGCACAGGUCAGCACACACAAGCACUGGCCGGCACCUACAAAUACAGGCCGGCACCUACAAUCACAGGCCGGCACCUACAUGCACAAGCCGGCACCUACAAGCACAGGCCGGCACCUACAAUCACAGGGCGGCACCUACAAUCACAGGGCGGCACCUACAAGCACAGGGCGGCACCUACAAGCACAGGGCGGCACCUACAAGCACAGGGCGGCACCUACAAGCACAGGGCGGCACCUACAAGCACAGGGCGGCACCUACAAGCACAGGGCGGCACCUACAAGCACAGGGCGGCACCUACAAGCACAGGCCGGCACCUACAAGCACAGGCCGGCACCUACAAGCACAGGCCGGCAUCUACAAGCAUAGGUCGGCUCCUACAAGCGCAGGCCGGCACCUACAAGCAGAGGCAGGCCCCUACAAACACAGAUCGGCACCUACAAGCCCAGACCGGCACUAACAAACAUAGGCCGGCAUCUACAAGCAGAGGCCGGCAUCUACAAGUUCAGGCUGGCACCUACAAACACAGGCUGGCACCUACAAACACAGGCUGGCACCUACAAACACAGGCCGGCAUCUACAAGUUCAGGCUGGCACCUACAAACACAGGCUGGCACCUACAAACACAGGCUGGCACCUACAAACACAGGCUGGCACCUACAAACACAGGCUGGCACCUACAAACACAGGCCGGCACCUACAAACACAGGCUGGCACCUACAAACACAGGCUGGCACCUACAAACACAGGCUGGCACCUACAAACACAGGCUGGCACCUACAAACACAGGCUGGCACCUACAAACACAGGCUGGCACGUACAAACACAGGCUGGCACCUACAAACACAGACCGGCAUCUGCAAGCCAAGGCCAGCACCGACCAGCACAGCCUGGCACCAUCAAGCACAGCCCACCACUCACAAGCACACGUUAGCGCUUACAAGAUGAGACAAGAACUUAGAAGUCCAGGCCGGCUCCUACAAGUACAGGCCUCUUCCUAUAAGCACAGGCCAGCACAUUCAAGCACAGGCCUACCCCAACAAGCUGAGGAAGGAACCUUCAAGCACACGCCGGCACCUACAAGCACAAUCAGGCACCUACAAGCCAAGGCCGGCAACUACAAGCCCUGGCCGCCACCUUCAAACCCAGUUCAAUACCUACAAGCACAGGCUGACUCCCACAAUCCCAGACCGGCACCAGCAAGGUCAGGCCGGUACCUACAAGCUCAGGCCGGUACCUACAAGCACAGGCUAGCACUCACAAGCACAAAUGCACAAUACAAUAUGUUGAUUCAUUAG